ACAUUAGGGCUUUUCGGCGAUCCGUAGCGAAUCGAGGGAGUCACGCGCUUCAGCCGCCGGGCGCUCUCACUUCCUAGUUUGGACGAGGUUAUUUUGUGAGCGCGUUAGAAACAACACCGGCUGGUUUUGUGACACUGUCGUGAAAAGAGAGGCUGCUGUCGUGUUUUUCGGCCCCGCCUGCCGCUUCUGUUCUCUGGGCGGCGAGCGACGGUCGGAGCGAGGGGAGAAUGUUCGGGGGCUCAGAGGAGGAUGACACAGACUUCCUGUCUCCUACAGGCGGUGCUAGGUUGGCCUCUCUCUUUGGACUGGAUCAAACAGUUACAGGCACUGGAAAUGAAUUUUUCCAGUACACAGCACCCAAACAGCCUAAAAAGGGACAACCAGCUACUGCUGCUGGUCCGGCAUCACAGAAGUCACCUACUCCCACACCUGCUUCAGGAGCACCAUCAGUCUUCAUUGCUACAGCUGUUCAUGCAUAUCGGUUUGCAAAUGGGCAAUAUGUGAAACAAGGCAAAUACGGAGCAGCUGUAGUGGGAAACCACUCAACUAAAGAGUAUAGGAUCCUUCUUUAUAUCAAUCAGCAGCAGCAGGUCACAGCAGCCAGGAUCCAUUCAGGGUUUGUACUCACGGUCCAGCCCAACAACUACAGUACAUUUUAUGAUGAUCAGAGGCAAAAUUGGUCCAUUAUGUUUGAGUCAGAAAAGGCAGCCGUGGAUUUCAGUAAACAGCUGUGCAUUGCCAAAUAUAACAGCAUUCCUUCUCCUGAUUCGGUGCUGCAUCAGGAUCUGAUUGUUGGAGAAGGUCAAGGUGUGGAAAUAGGAGACUCCCUGGAGGUUGCUUUUACAGGCUGGCUAUUCCAGAACUGCGGACUAGGACAGGUGUUUGACUCAAAUGUCAACAAAGACAAGCUCCUACGUCUGAAGUUGGGCUCUGGGAAAGUCAUAAAGGGCUGGGAAGAAGGGAUGAUUGGUAUGAAGAAAGGAGGAAGGCGCUUUCUCCUUGUUCCAUCAGCACUAGCUUAUGGGUCACAGGGGGUAGCCAAUCGCAUUCCUCCAGACUCAACCUUGGCCUUUGAGGUGGAAGUCAAACGGGUGAGGCUUGUAAAGGACUCUGGCUCCAAUGGACAGAACCUAGGCCACAGGGAUUCUCUUGUGCCUUCCCCUGGACCAAACCAAGAAAAUCCCUGCACAGAGCCAGCAGGAUCACUUCCCUCAACGCUACCUCCAAAACCAGGAGAGCCUGCUGUGCGGGUGAAAUCCAACUCCAUUAGUGAGCAGCUGGCGAAUCCUGACGUAGCAAAAGCAAAGCUGAUUUCACGGAUGGCAAAGAUGGGGCAGCCCAUGUUGCCUUUCCUUGCAGGCACAACUCCAGCUCAGCUUGACUCAAGCGAUUCAGAGAUGGAGGACCCAAAUUCCUUGCGAGGAGUAGCAGCAACGCCAGUGGCAACCUCCCCCUUGAAGCCAUCCCCUCAGACAACCCUGCCUCAGAUGACAGCAAAUGUGGCUCCGCCUGCUGUUUCGGGGCUGCAGAUGUCCUCUGGUGCCAUAAUGCCUGCAACCCUUCAGUCGCAUUCAGUUGUUCCUGGGACAGCCCAAGGCUUUCAGCCGUAUUCAGGGGUGACGUAUGCUUACCCACAAGCCACUCCUGCAGCUUCUCAGCUCCAGCCUGUUAGGUCAAUGUACCCUUCUCCUUUUCAAGUUGGAGACAUUGGUUCAUUCCUGAUGACAGAGGCCAGGCAGCAAAACACAGAAAUCCGUCUGGCUGUUGGCAAAGUGGUCGAUAAAUUAGAUAAUCUAGCAGACAAGGUGAAUGAGCUACAGAAGCAGAACUCAAGCCACGGUUUAUUGCCAGGGAGCUCCUCUGUUACCAUGGAAACAGCUAUGAUCAUGAGCAACAUCCAGCGCAUCAUCCAAGAGAACGAGAGGCUGAAACAAGAGAUUUUUGAGAAGAGCAGCCGAAUUGAGGAGCAGAACGAGAAGAUUAGUGAGCUGAUUGAUCGCAACCAGAGGUACGUUGAACAGAGCAACCUCCUUAUGGAGCAGAGGAACACCUCACUGCAGAUGAGCAACGAGCAUACGCAGGCAAGGGUCUUGCAUGCUGAGCAGGAGAAGGUCAAGGUUGCUGAGGAACUGGCAGCAGCCACAGCACAAAUCUCCCGACUUCAGCUGGAGCUAACUGAUCACCAGAAGAAGGAGAUGGAUUUGCGCUCCCAGUUGAACACUGCCCUGAAAGAGGCGGAGAGACAUGGUACACAGCUCAACCAGCUGCAGGCCCAGCUGGCUGAGCUUCAGCAAUCAUCUGAGGAUGCCCGAAGCAAAUUCCAAGUUGAGAAGCAAAGCCGUAGGCAGCUGGAUGCCAAGCUGGCAGCCCUGGAAGAAGAGCUUUCUGACCUCCGUGUGGAAAAAGAGAAUCUGGAAAAGAACCUGGCUGAGAGGAAGAAGAAGUCCCUCUUGGAGAGAGAACAGGCUGAAGAAGAGAUGGAUGAGAUUCGCAGAUCCUACCAGGAGGAGCUGGAUAAACUCCGGCAGCUGCUGAAAAAGGCCCGGACAUCGACUGACCAAGCAGCUUCUGAGCAGCUUUCUCUUAUGCAGGCGGAGCUGGAAUCCCAGUGGGAAGCCAAAUGUGAGCGUAUGAUGAGCACUGCCAAAGAACAACAUGCCCGCCAGUAUCAGGAAGUAUGUGAGCAGAGAGAUGCCCAGCAGCAGAAAGUGUCCCAGCUGGAAGAGAAAUUAUUGCAGCUGAAAACCACAAAGAGUUCAGAGGAUGAGAAGCUCUCUUCAUUGCAAGAGCAGUUGGAACAGCUUGAGCCUGUGAAAAAUAAGUACUUAGCCUUACAGUCCCAAGUAGCCGUUCUCAAGGCUCACUAUGAGGAACAGAUCCAGGAACUUGAAAAGCAUCAUAGAAGGCCUUCAUCUGUAGACUCCACUGAAGAGGUAAAGAAGAUCAUGAAUCGAGUGUUUCAGUCUCUGCGGGGUCAGUUUGAGCUCGAGGAGUCCUAUACUGGCAGAGAAGUCCUAGGCAUCGUCAUGAACACCAUCAAGACAGUCACACUGCAGCUGCUGGAGAGGCAUGAGGAGAGGGGAGAGAGCAGCAGUGAAGAAGAUGCACCAGCCCCUGCAGAAAAGAAAACGGCAAGCCCUGAGGGUCCAGAUAAGGAGCCCAGAAGCUCUUCUUCACACAAACCACCAUUCUCAGUGCCUUCACUUCCCCCUGACCCUCCAGAGGAGGCAUCGGCUCAUCUUCCUUCUGCCCCUCCUGAAGAAGCCCUGGGCAACCUGGCUACUGCUGUAUCUGAGGCUCAGACCUUAGAAUCACAGAGAGGACAAAUACCCUCAGCCUUUAAUCAGACCACAAAGCCUAAUGCAAAGCUGGAAGUCCCAGAGCUCCUGGCCAACGAGGAAGACAUACACUCCAGUUGCUCUGAACAGGUGGAGGCAAGUGCUGAGAAUGAAAGUGGCACAGGAGACUCAGCACUCACUGCAGCAGGAACGCCAGAACCUUCUAAGCCAGCAGUGAAUGAGACAGAGCACAAGGGGGAAGAACCCACACUGGCCGCCAAUAGAGGAGAGAGUUGUCUGGAUGUUCCACACCAGGAUUCUGAAAUCGUCACUGGAGCUGAAAAGUGUGGCUCAGCAGAAACACGGCAAGAAGUGGCACCACCCAGCCCUUCUAAAGUAGAUUCUGGCCUCCAUGAAGAGCAGAGCAAUAUGUUUGAUGCUGUAACUCGAAAGCCUCAAGUAUCAGGAGGGCCACUGGAAGAGGAUGAGGAUGAAGAAUUGAGCAUGAAGGGCCGGCCUCCUCCAACACCCCUCUUUGGAGAGGAGGAUGAUGAUGAUGAUGACCUGAAUUGGCUUGGGUGAGCAACUGGACAAACAACAUGACGAAACUUUGUGCAGGUGCAAAAUGAAUGAGCAGCCAUGGCCUGAAAUGGAUAGAACUGUUGAAGUGGAGAUCCCUGGAUUGCUUGUUUGGGGCAGGGCAGCCUUUGCAAGUUGCUGACCAUUACUUGCACGGUGUGGGAUUGAAGACUCUAUCUGUGUGCCCUUACUUCUGUGAGCCUGGACUAAUUCAAGAAGCCAGCGUCUCUCUUGCAUGUACACACCUGUCCUGCUAAUCCUAUUUAUGCAAAUAAGGAGAUGGAGGAGGGGCUGGGAAUGUGCCCUCUCUGCUGAAGGAUUCCCUCUCCAUGUGAAAGACUCAGAGGUGUUCAUGUGUUCCCCUCCAACACCCUAGACCUUGGAUGCUUUUUGCAAAAAUUCUGUAAUUCCAAACCCUUGUCUCUGCAUACUUUGGUUGCAGGCAGGUGUAGGUCGAUUAGGAUCAUGGGGCAGUUUCCUGUGAUGCCUUGCUUGCACAUAGAGGGGGGUAGCGGUGGGGAAUUUAGUUAGCAUUUUGUUCUGCUUUCUGUCUAGAGUUGCAAGAGAGUCCAGCUCUUUGGCAUUGGCAGUUCCUUAAGUGCCCACUCACUGCUCAGAGUCUAAAUUGCUAGAGGCCUCUGAAAGGUGAGAGGCAGCAUGCAUGGGUGAUCCUACUAUUAUUUUCCUGGAUGAGAGGUAGUGGCCUUGGGCAUAUUUCUGCUGACCUUUAAUCCUGUUCCGAUAGCCUAUCCCAGUAACCUGAGGGUGUGUGUUGAGGGGAAAGAGCAUCUGUGGUUUACCAGCAAACCUGAUGAAAUGUUAAACUAGUCCUGGCUAGCCUUUCGCCUUCGAGUUGUUUUGCAAAACACAAAGUCAUUUUGACCUCCAGUUUAAAACAGUCUGUUUCAAGAAGAGAUUUCAGGGCCCUCCUUGUAUCCGUGAGACACCCCCCCCCACCCCCGGGUGAACCUUCCUAAUACAAAUCUGGGGCAGAUUGUUGAAUGUUUACCUGACAUAUGGAGCCACCUGUUUAUCUUGUCCUUGAGUCACAGAGCAGUAUUCAGAAUGGACUGUUACACAUGUACCUUUUUGGAGUAUGUUGGGUAUUAUUUUUGCCUCUUUGUAUCCAGGCAGUCCAACAAGAGUUUGGGAUGCUCACUUUGCAGGAUUGUUUCAGAGGCUCAUGAUAACACAAAGUGGAUUUUCUCCAGUUCCAAUUGUCCAAUUAUGUGAUCAUGCACAUAACUCACCUGUGGCCACAUGGAACUUUUUGGAAGUUGCAUCAGUAGGACAACCAUGAUGUAUGCAUUAUGAUGGUACAUAAUGGUGUUUUGUUGCCAGAUGAGGGGAGUCAGCAUGCUAUAUUCAGGGAAGAAUUGGUAUUUUAAAUUUGUUAUUCAGCCUGGCAUACUAACUCUGAUAUUUUGUUUCAAGAUGUGGUUGCUGCUUUUCUCUCUCUCUCCCCCACUCCCCCCCCCCAAUAAUAUUUAGCUUUAGACUUGGAGUGAGGGGGGGAACCCACUCAGUAUUGGGAAACAGAGCACUUUGAAGGAUAGGAAAGCUUUUAAAUUCAUGUGUCUUAAAACGAGCCAGACCCGUGUUAUCUCAAUACUUGUCACUGUCACAGAUGCUCUGUGCUGCCUUCUUGAUGUCAUGGGUAAGCAUGGUAUGGAGCAGUUUGGAAAUGAAACUUAACAGUGCCAUGGCUCUCCUCUUGUUCAGACCUAGGCAGAAUCAAAAUGUGAUCUCACUCAAACAAUAAAAGUGCAAUUUAAACUUCUGAA